AUGUGGGCCUCACUUACGUUUCUCCUCGUCUGUCACUUUCUCCUCUCUCACAUUGCGGCGCAACCUCAACUGCCCAAAGUCUCCCCGCCGCACUUGACCAUGAAGGAACAUCCACCGUUGCCCAUUCGCGUUCUUACGCACAAUAUCCGCUAUGCCAGCAGCGGUGUUUUUCAGGGUGAGAGGCCGUGGCAGUUGCGCCGCGUUCCCAUCAUCAACCUCUUUCACGUCGAGACACUGUACAACCCGGAGAGCUUCAUUUGUCUCCAAGAGGUCCUGCACGGCCAGCUCGAUGAUAUCGACGCCGGGUUGAGAAUGCGUGGUGGAACAUGGGCAUUUAUCGGGGUGGGGAGAGACGAUGGAAAGAGGGCCGGGGAAUAUUCUCCAAUUUUCUACCGUCCAACGGUCUGGGAGCUGGAAAAAUGGGAAACUGUCUGGUUGUCAGAGACUCCCAAAGUGCCGUCCAAGGGCUGGGACGCCGCAUCCAUUCGUAUCGUCACCAUCGGUGUCUUCCGCCAUCGCCAAAGUCGAAAAGGGGUCCUCGCCAUGUGCACUCAUCUCGACGACCAGGGUUCCACUUCGCGCAGGGAGUCUGCCAAGCUUAUUCUGAAAAAAGUCGACGAAUACCUCACCGGCGAAUGCAAGGACAGGAUUUCCGGUGUUUUCCUCGCGGGCGACUUCAACAGCGAGGUUAACCAGGAAGCAUAUCAGACACUCGUGGGCACGACUUCUCCAUUCGUGGACACUCGAGAGCAGGUUGAGCACUACUUCCACUAUGGGAACGAAAUCACUUACACUGGGUUUGGAGAUGAAGAAAAGCCCAGUCGCAUUGAUUACAUUCUGGUCGGGCCGCGAAACAAGGGUGGGACUCCGUGGACUAUGGAAGCGUAUGGCGUCCUUCCAAACAAAUUCGACGACGGUCUCAUCAGCUCCGACCACCGCUUGGUUGUUGCAGAUGGUAUCUUGAAGUAA